UGCGUCGCUUGACCACUGCCGCGGCUCCAUCUGUUCACUGCAUCUCUGCCUGUAAGCCCCGUGUCGUGCAGUCUCCCAGCGUUGCGCAUGCUGUUGUUGUGUGCUCUGCCAGACUGCGGCCGUCUUCGCCGCCGCUCCCACCCUCACCGCCCCGCAGUCCAGAAUUGCCUCCCACCGGCUGCGCCAGGAUGUUCCACAGCAACACGUACACAUGACUGAUCACCGACGCAUCUCAACGACUGCCUCGCCAUCUAUCCCGCCGGCGCCGCCACCGCCGCCGCCAAAAAUAAAAGGCCGUUCGUUCCUUGAGCGUUUCGUCGCCCAGCCCUUACAGUCGGCGGGAUAUGCUUCGCGACCUCCGAGCGUGCAGGCACAUCGCCCGGAUGACGGCCCUCUGAACCCACUAGUCCCAAAGCUGCUCGGCAUUCGGACUGGCCACUCGCUCGAUGCCACGCACAAGACCGGCCUUGACAUAUCUGCCCUUGACAUCAACCGUGAGCGCACGCACGCUGUGCUGGCUGGCAAAGAGAUUCUCAAGACAGUACGUGUCCAAGGCAACAAGAUAGUUGACGAGACCAAUCUACGAGCUGCCGUCCUCAAUUACGCUGACUCUCAUGCGCGGCAACGUGAGGGAUUGGGCAUUCAAGAUGUGAAAUGGUCCCAUGGCCAGUUCAGCUCGCAUAUAGCGACAGCUGUCGCCAAUGGCAAAGUCAUCUUGUACGACCUCAACCGUGCCAGCGUGGAGCUUGUCAGACUGCAUGAGCAUACACGUCAGGUCCACAAACUUGCCUUCAAUCCACACCAGGGCCACCUGCUCCUUUCUGCAAGCCAUGACGCCACCGUUCGGCUUUGGGACCUACGAGAUCUCCGUCGAGAUGCUGCCUGCACGAGCCGAGACCAGUUCUCCGGAAUUAGCGGUGGUAUCCGGGAUGUGCAGUGGUCACCAACCGACGCUAUGGAAUUUGCUUUCGGCACAGAUAACGGCACCAUCCAACGUUGGGAUUUCCGUCACAACAAGGGUCCAAAGCAGAAGAUCCCGGCACACGAUCAGAAGACCUGCACCUCCAUUGAUUGGCAUCCAGACGGCAAGCAUCUACUCAGCGCUGGUGUCGAUCGAACGGUGAAGGUUUGGGACUUCUCUGUCGACGGGCGGAGGCAGAAGCCUGCUUACGUCCUAACCACACCCUAUCCAGUACACAGGGCACGUUGGAGGCCACCGUACUGGUCUGACGAGUUUCAUGACAAGGGCUCGUUCCAGUGCACGCAAGUGGCAACUUCAUAUGAUCGCGACCACCCAGUCUUCCAUGUCUGGGACUUCCGCCGGCCGCAUCUGCCUUACAGAGAGAUCAACAAGUUCCGAAGUCCACCGUCAGACAUGCUUUGGCAAACACGUGACACGCUGUGGACGGUCGGAAGAGAGGGCAUAUUCCAGCAGAACGAUGUACAUCACGCUCCCAAGACUACAGAACGAAGACCUCUGCAAGCAAUCGCCAUCUCACCGAACGGAGAGAUGAGCGGCGUUGCGCAGAAAAGGUCCCGACCACGACGUCCUACCAACCUCUCCUACAACGACGAUAUGUUUCUUGGCGCGCCAAAUGAUAAGCAUGGCAGUCUUGAGAAGAGCAGCCUACGAAGCUCAGCAGAUGGCAGCUUCGAAGACAGUUUUGGGGCCCUACAAAUGAAGCGCUGCCACGGCCGCACAGCUAGCAACAGGUCUGCGAAGUCAUAUGGUAGUACUCCACCGUCCGACGUUACUCCCAAGGUCAUGUUCCUCCCCGAAUCGAUGAACAACCAAAGCGAGCAAUUCCAACCGGACCAGCUUGCGUUCCGAGGGCUCUUACCAGGUGCAGUCAAUGUUCAAAUCUUUGCAUAUCUUGCCCAGAAGUACAAAGCGCAGUCACUGCCUGACCGGCCGAUCCUGGAGUCGUAUGUGGAUCUCGAGCAGCCGUUUCAGCAAAAUGCCGAGUAUGCGCAGAGAGCAGCAUACCACAGACUUGCGCAGACUUGGACUUUGGUAGGAGCGGCAAUGGCGAAUGCGACCAAACGGCGCGCAGAGUUGCAUCGAAGCAUACGGAUGAAGGACAAGAAAGCCAAAUUCGAGGAUCCAAACGGCACCUCCGGACAAUUGCAUGCACACGCCAAGUCCUCGGGCGCUCCCCAGAACCCGGCCGUCAGAGCCAUUCUUGGCACGCACGAUAGGUCGCGCCCUGCAUCACCGCUCAGCAAGCCUGUGGGUCAUGUUGAAAGCACGUCGCAAUUGGCAACGCCCGUUGCAAGACCAGUCAACACUGAAUCAGCCCCGACCGACCCUCGCCAGUCUGAGCUCCCCGAUCCCGACCACGACGACAAGAUUGAUCUCCCACCGUCGAUGAUGGGCAUACCGCAGACAGCCAAAGGAUCGAAAUUUGCUCCAACGGCCUACUCAAAGCCCAAGGGAGCACACUGGUAUGACUCUCCUGAAGGCCUGGAGGAGCGACGAGCUGCCGCUGGCAGUUGGCGAGCAUCGCCACGAAUGCCGCUCAAUCUCAAUCCAGCGCCUGCUCGUAGCGACAGCCCCAACGUUCCUCCUCCACUGGAACGCCAUGAUUCGGGUGAGAGUUUUACUAUGUUUUCUGCGUCCACAGAUUCCCAGCAUGGUAGCUCAGUGUCAGGCUCGCUCGAGAGCGUCAACUCGAAUCCCCGCGUUAUGGAAGGAUUGUCGACGGGUUGGCAGCGUGCGCCAGAGAAGUCUAGUUUCGGCAGAAGCACAGGCACAGCGAAUGUCGAUCAUGAAUUGAUCCUGAGUCCUACCUCAAAACCAGCCCCAGGCACAACACCUUUUGCUUCUUCUUCUCAAGCGCGGCCCAUUGAGAAGGGUGCGAGCCAAGAUGAUAUAGGUCAUCUGAGGCCACUCAACAGCACUGAGAGAUUCACCCAGGAAAUUGAUGCUUUGAGACGCACGAAUCAGCUCAUGCGCCAUGAUAGCUCGGAAUCAUCUGCAUAUGCCAGCAGCCAAGAAGGUACCUCAUUCUCGUCCACGCACAGUGUGGACAUGGAAGCUAGCGGCACGAUCAUACCGGAAGCCUUCGAUGAACCAAGGUCACCGCAGGCCUCCAAGCCGAUAGUGACUUCACCAGUCAUCACAAAGACCGUUUCGCAGUCGACUGUGUCGACGAAAGAAAGCCAAUUGUUGCUGGCGGACUACCAAGCGCUGACCGUUGACGCCGAGAGCCACUCAGCUUUUACAGCUGUCGGCUUGCUCAACAGCAUCCUGCAGUUUCACACGGAUACUUUGUCAGACGCGCAGUUUCCAUCGUUGCUCCUACUGCUUCUGGCGCCGUUGUUACCUCAAACUCAUGCACCUUCCAGCUCAUCAGACAUUGACGUCGAUGAAGUACUGAACGCAUUCACUGAAACCUUCACAGCUCUUGGGCUUACGCGUAAGCAAGCCGAACACAUACUUUCGUCUCAACUAGGCGAGCUGAUCGCCACGGGAAUCAAUCCAUAUCAAGCGGAGUCAAUCCUUAACACUUAUCACGCACAGAUGCAUAGCCUGUCGCUCUUCAAUUCGGCAGCAUCACUGAGACGACUAGCCUAUCCUGUGUUUCCUGCAGUCUACGAACAAGCUUUGAGAGACACUCAACUUGGUUUGUUGUGUCUUAGCUGCAAGUCUCCGAUCAACAACCCCAAAGACAAAAUGCGAUGCGAGUCAUGCAAACGCGCACAAGCACCGUGUCCCAUAUGCUGGGGCAAGUACGCAGCCUUUGAAUCCAUCACUGCCAAGCGGAAGUCAAAGUCUAAGCACCGAGAUGACAAAGGUCACAAGAGGAAAGGAUCAGCUACAAUAGCGGCGUCACUAAACGACGCCGACAGCGGUCCUUCGCCUUCAACACCGGAAAAGUGGACCCCAACACCAGCUACCCUUUGGACAUGGUGCUCACUCUGCGGUCACGGCGGUCACACUAACUGCCUAUCGACCUGGUUCGCCGAUGCCGUACUCUCUGACGGCGCAUGUCCAACCGAAGGUUGUCUCUGCGACUGCGUAUCUGGCAGUUGCCGGGAAGAGAAGAUGCUCGAUUUCCAGAAGAAGAAGGAAGCCAAAGAGCGGUCAAAGAUCGUCAAGAGCAAUGACGACUGGAAAGUCAGGGACAGCAGAGCCGUAUCUGCAGUGCGUGGUACCUUCGGCGAGAGCGGAAGCCAACCUUCCUCGCCCGGUAGCCAACAGCAGCGCAGCCAGACUCCAUCCGGUGGUCAAAAAGCCGACAGCAAAAAGGUCCGCGUCCUUACGCCGGCCUUGGGGAUCGGUCCGCACACGGGUGCUUCCUCGACGUGAGGUCCGAAUGGCGGAAACAACAUACCAUGCGCGGGCAUUAUACCGAGCGAAAUGAGAUAGAUUGUAGUGAGAAAGCUUGUGAACAAGGUUUUACGCACGUUGACGUCGAAGGCGAGAUGCACGCAGCACGAGGGAUGCACUGCUGCAGCUGUUCACACCGCUCCACACCGCCAAGACCCGGAAACCUUACUCCCACGGUCCGGCACCCACUUCCUCGGAUGCAAUAUAUCGGAUCGCGUGGAAGGCCACGUUGGAGCGGCAGAACGUUCGGAUAAUUGUGCGCAAAGGAGUUAGUUUGUUACACAUCGUUGUUGGCAUCGUGUGUAGACUAGCAGCUGUGAGAAGCACCAUCAAUCGACCGAGCAACC